GUCCUUCUUCAAAUGGGUUGUCAUCCGCGGCAAUGACACAGACUCGGAUUCCUUGGCUCCAAAUUUUGACCAUUCCACAAUGGAGCCGAUUGGCCAUUACGCCUUGGCUGAUAUUUUUCCGGGCGAUGGCAGUCUCAAAGAGGCACUAUUUGCCAGUCCCAUUCUCCAAGAAUCGGCGCAUGACUGCACGUUGCGGUUCUGGGCCUACUUGGAUUCGCCCGAGUCAAGGGAUCUACUAGUCGUGAAACUCGCGGAAUCGGUGACCAUGGAAAGGCCUAUUUUCAGCCUGGACCAAUACGCCGUGGCUCCAGAAUGGGUAGAGUACUUGGUUCCCAUUGGACGAAUUCGGCACUCGUUCAUCAUUCUAUUUGAAGCCCAUCCCACCUCUGGUGCCAAGACUGCUUUCGGACUAGAUGACGUUACAUUGUUAGAAUGUGGCAUUCCCCAAGGGGGUGGAAAUCCUUGCGAUGAAGACGAGCAAUUCACAUGUAAGUCAGGUCAUUGCAUCUUGAAAUCCAAUGUCUGUGACAUGACUGAUAACUGUGGCGAUCUAAGCGAUGAACAGGAUUGCAGUGCAAAUGCUCAGUGUGAUUUUGAAGACGGUUUGUGUUCAUGGACCAAUUUGAAUGACUAUCAAGGAGAGUGGGGGAUUGCCAGAGCCGAUGGAUCUCACAACGUGCCGUACCGAGAUCACUCUCGGAAUCUGUAUGGCGGACACUUUUUGAAAGCAGAUUAUGGCUGGGACUCCAUGCCUGCAACUCUAGCCUCGCCUGUUCUUUUGCCAGGAAAGCCAUUCAAUUUGACUUUUUAUUACUACGUCAUGCCCAACACCCAAACUGACCUCAAAGCAAUGUCCCUGGAUCUUGAGAGCAACGUGGAAACGGUCUUGUGGCACAAGCUUGAAUUCUACGUUUUUGGGGAUUGGAUCAAAGAAAUAGUUUUCAUCCCAGCGGCGGAAAAUAAUCAUCUCGUUCUCAUCAAAGGUAGCCCUGUGAGCAAUGACAGUUGGUCUCUUGUGUUUCUUGAUGAUGUUUUCUUCCCCGUUGAAUGCCUUGCAAACAUCACAACGUCUGUGACUCCCACUGAAGGCACCACACCCGUUCCUUGUUCCUAUCUUUGCUCCACAGGAGAGUGUGUAGGUCAAGAGCACGUGUGUGACUUCAAACUCGACUGUCCCGAAGAUGAUGACGAGAAAAUAUGCGGUGCGGGUACAUUUGAAAAUGGAGAACAUGGCGGAUGGAUGAGCUUGCCUGGUGGCCCAUUUCAGUGGGGAAUAGGUACACCAAACGAGCCGGGGAUCUUGGGGAUGGUCCCGAAUGUGGACCAUUCCCUGAACACGACCGAGGGGCAUUUUCUAGUUGCAAUUCCUGGCUUAGAUGGUCCUAUGGAAAAGGCUCGAGCGAUCACGCCUUAUUUGGGACAUUCUGGACAAUCAUGUCAUAUGACAUUGUGGACUUGGGUCAAAGGAGAGGGUCAGACGCUUGUUAUCAAACUGACUCAGGAUGGCGAGGAAAUUGAACUGUCAAGGAUUGAAGGUAGUGGUCCUGUUUGGGUAAAUGUUGAGGUUCCAAUUGGCCAGAGAAAUGCCGGAUUCCAGUUGAUUCUGGAGGCUGAUUUCAACUUGGAGUCAAUUCCCGAUGAUUUGUCCCUUGUCCAAGAUGUGGCCGUGGACGAUAUCAGUUACCUCAAUUGCGACAAAGAUGCCCCAUUUGAGGACGGCAUUGAGUGUGACUUCGAGGCGGGUUUUUGUAAUUGGAACUUUGAAGGAUCAGAAAUCUCUUGGUUACGAUCAGAUUCAACAGGAGGAGUUGCUUUCGAUGGGAGUGGGCCUGGCUGCGAUCACACGACUGGAACAGGGUUCUACGUUUACGUUUCGGACAAUACACUGAUGCCGGACAUCCCUGCCAUCCUCCACUCUCCCCCAUUGAAAGGAUCCGAAGAGUCACAUGGAUGCGUCCAAUUUUGGUACCACAUGUUUGGCGUCAACCCAAUUGAGAUGUCUUUGGAAAUUGUGGACCAAAACUCGACUAACAAUCUUUGGAUCCGACGAGGAUCUCAAGUAAUUAGUUAGAAUAGAGAUUGACCAAUACAUUCUGGAGCAAUGCUGAUCUGGGAAUGCCAUUCUUUAGGGAAACGUGUGG